AUGUAUCAAGGCGUGCAUCCACUGGUAUCGCUGGUGUCUCACCAGGAGAGUCUUGCUAUUCUCGUGAAUGAAGCCAUUCGCUCUCUUCCGAUGCGAGAUGGACAGCUUCCUUCAGAGACAGACAAGAUACCGAUGAGCGCAGUAGACCUCGCCACGAGAAGGCUGCCCGAUUUCGUGUCCGUCACACGCGGGCCAGGCAUGCGCAGUAACCUCUUUACUGGUCUUGAUACGGCCAAGGGACUCGCUGUAGCAUGGCAGAAACCUCUAGUUGGAGUACAUCACAUGCAGGCUCAUGCGCUCACGCCACGCAUGGUCAGCGCCCUCGAAGCCUACACCGAGCCAAAAGACCACGAGAGUCGAGAUUCGCCUGCCGAACCGGUCUUUCACGAUCCGGCGUCAACAGAAGUCACCCCCAAAUUCCCGUUUCUCUCGGUUCUUGCGUCUGGAGGCCAUACUUUGCUCAUACACUCAGCGUCCUUGACAGACCAUCGCGUUCUGGGCUCUACAAAUGACAUUGCUAUCGGAGAAUGCUUGGACAAAAUUGCACGCGUAGUACUGCCCGCAGAGAUACUGCAGACAUCAAAAAGCACAAUGUAUGGAGCGCUCCUCGAAGCAUUCGCGUUACCACAUUCGUCACGGACACGGCCAACAUCUCGUGACUCGUCUCCAUACGUUUCGAAGCUACCUGUGUAUUCUGCCAAGACCUACCUAGAAACCCAUGGGUAUCAAUAUAGCUGGUAUGAGGUUCCGAUUAACCAUGAAGACGCGAUGCGGAAAAGUGCAACCAAAUGGGGCUGGGCACUGAACCGACCAUUGACGAAAGCAGGCGGAGGAGUCAAAAUCAACAGUCUUGAGUUAAGCUUUUCUGGCAUUACCACAAUGGUUGAGCGCAUCGUUCGACUUGGUAUGGAUCCAGUGACAAGGAAAUUCAAUAAAGUUGAGCGGGCGUCGGCCGACGUCAGCAUCGAAGAACGGAUGGAUCUAGCACGUGAGACUAUGCGUGCAGCGUUUGAACACGUUGCUUCGCGGGUGGUUUUAGGCUUGCAAACUCAGCAGGACGUUGUAACUGCACCCGCGGUUGUUAUGGCUGGUGGUGUGGCCGCCAACUUAUUUCUGCGACACAUACUCGCAAAGACUCUUUGUGCUCAUGGCUACCCGGAUGUUGAAUUGCAUUUCCCGCCGCCCAAGUUCUGCACCGACAAUGCUGCAAUGAUAGGAUGGGCUGGUCUCGAGAUGUUUGAAGCGGGCCACAUCGCUCCAUUCAGCAUAAGAGCAAUACGCAAAUGGCCUCUAGAUAAGUUUGUUCGUGCAGCACCUGCGAAUUUACACAAUCGCCAGUUAGGCGUUCUACCACCCAAGCAGAGCGUCUCUUGGGACACUGCCAACCCGGAACCCACCGAAGAGCCACAGGAGCCCGUCUUCCCGCCUAAGCCAACCGAUGAGAUUAGUCUUGGAACGCCAUCGGGAUGGAUCAGUUGGGAAACCACUGGACCAGCUCCUACAGAUGCUCCCGAAGAACCUGAAUAUCCACCUCCCGCCACACCGACGGAUCAAUUCAGUAUCGGUACGCCAUCUGGCUGGAUCAGCUGGGAGACUAGUGGACCAGCGCCCACGCCGGCCCCUGAAGAACCCGACUAUCCUCCCCCAUCUACGCCAACGGAUCAGUUCAGUAUCGGCAAGCCAUCCUUCUGGGUAAGCUGGGAGACUGACGGUCCCGCACCGACUCCUGAGCCGGAGGAGCCUGAGGAGCCUGCAUACCCCCCACCUAAGCCGAGCGACCAAUUUAGCAUUGCCGAGAUCACCGUAGGCCCGCCUAAUUACAGUGUCAGCUGGGACUACGACGAACCCGAGCCUACCUCUACUCCCGAAGAACCCCUUCCUGAAGAUGGAGAAGAACCCUACCCCACCGACCCAGAAGACCCAUUUCCUGAGGAACCUUUCCCAGAAGACCCAGAAGACGACUUUCCGCCUCCCUCGCAACCAACCCAAGCAAACAGCAUCGGUCUCAACCCACCCACCGUAACCGUCAUCUGGGGCAAGAAGCGCCAAGAAGAUGAUGCUGCACCUACCUCAUCGCCUGAGCUUCCUGAGGAGGACGACGACGAUGAUGACUUCCCUCCCCCCUCACAGCCAACACAACCAAACAGCGUCGGCAUCAAUCCACCUACCUACACCGUCAUCUGGGGUAAAAAGGAAAAGCGCGUCGCUAACGCUGCGCCUGAACCCACUGCUGCCCCCGUCGUAGCUGAGAGGGACGCGGAAGCAGAGCCACAGCCACAGCCACAGAAUAGUAUUGGGUUGGAGUUUCCCUGGCAGAGUAUCACGUGGCCGAAGCCGUCGCCGCCGACGUAUAUCUCAUGGGGGAAGAGGGAGGAUGCUGCGGUGCCUACGGCGGUGCCGGUGAAGAGAAUGCAGACUGUUUAUGUCAAGGGGAGGGAGGCCAAGGCUACAGCUUGA